AUGAUUGAACCCGUGGUUCAGUAUCAUGGGAAAUGGCCGUUCUAUCGUUUCAUGGGUAUCCAAGAACCGUUCUCCGUUUUGUUCUCGUUAAUGAACUUCCUCGCCCAUCGACAUGGCAUGCAGAGAAUUCGUGACUCCAUUCCAGCUCGCUAUCCGCUACGCCCAUAUUACUUGGCUUUUGGCUACUUUGGGCUUGCCAGUUGGAUAUUCAGCAUGGUUUUCCAUACACGAGACUUCAACAUCACGGAGAAGUUGGACUAUUUCGCUGCCGGGGCCAGUGUCCUCUAUGGACUCUAUUACUCCCCAAUCCGGGUGUUUCGACUGGAUAAGAACGAUCCGACGAAACAGAGUAUCCUACGGGCAUGGACGGUGCUUUGCAUCCUCCUCUACGUGGCGCACGUCACCUAUCUGACGGCAUGGAACUGGGACUAUACCUACAACAUGGCAGCCAAUGUCGUGGUGGGCGUCAUCCAAAACCUACUCUGGAGUUGGUUUAGCAUCACUCGAUAUCGCAAGCUACAGAAAACGUGGGCAGCAUGGCCUGGUCUAAUCGUGGCCUGGGUCAUCAUGGCCAUGAGUUUAGAGCUGUUCGACUUUCCACCCAUUGCUGGCAUGAUAGAUGCACACAGUCUUUGGCACCUUGGAACCGUGAUACCUACUAUCUGGUGGUAUAGCUUCCUGAUCAAAGACGCUCAGGAAGACCUUGCCAGCCAACGACUUAAAGCAUGA